GCUAUGCGACGCAUUCUCUUAUAUAAGUUGGAAUGAGUUGUGACUUAUUUCUUCUGCAGCGCAUUUACAUUUAGUCAAACUAGAUUGUUUACAAGGAAGAUAAUGUAGAAACGGGAAGUGUUCGCACCAAGUAAUCCAAUGUUUUGGUUGCUUGUUGUGGUUCUUAUUAUUUGGCCUGCAGGGACGUAUCAGUUAAACGGUUAUUCAACUAUUAUUCAACGUUCUUCUGAAAAGACAAUUCAUUCAACGACAUGGAAGCAAAAUCUAACAAUAAACUACAAAGUGUGUUUGAAUUGGAAACCUUAUCAUAUUAAGGCAACAGCCCAACCUAAAGAUACUUCGCGAGUCGAGAAGUUUAAAGUUACCGUUGUAAAAAUCAAUUUCUAUAACGCUGUGUUGGAACUUGAACGAAUCGAUGAAGAAUCAGGGUGGGGGGAAAUACUCUUCACUGUACAAUGGGCGAUCUACCAAAUCUCAGAUUACAUAACAUCAACCGCUACAGUUCAAUACCGUGUGGACUACGACACAGAUGUAAAGGUUACGGAAACAUUAGGCGUUUCAAAGGUUUAUGAUCAUGGGUUGUCAUCGAUACCAGCAACACAGUACAACCCCAACCACCAACCACAACUAUCUCGUGAAAAACAAAACGGUCACAGGUUUUUGGUGUUUAAAGAAACUAAAAAUUGUCUGGAAACCCAUAUUGAUUUGAAUCGUAAACGAGGAGAGAAAGAUCUCUUCUCUGUGUUUAUAGUUUACCGCAUCGACACGCAUAGUAUGGAUUCUCUGCUACCUUGGCGGGGGUUGUUUGGGAUCGACAAUGGAGGUUUUGAUAAGUUCAUUGGGAUCACUUCCAGUGUAUUGCGAAUAGCUGGCACAGUGGGUAAUGUUAAAAUCCGUCAUACCCUGAGCAACGCUGACCCCAAAGCACUUCAUGUCUGGAAUGUUAUCAGUGUCCAGUGGAAUGUAAAUGGUGGUGCCAAUGCAAGUAGUGUAUGGUGCAAUGGAAAGUUACUUCAAAGAUUUCAAGCAAAAACCACUGAUUCAGAAACUUCUUUUGCAAUCGGUGCCUUUCACCCGACAUGCAGAGUCCACUUGGAAGGGGCGAUUGGCGAAUUCGUGCUUUUUAAAGGCGACGUCAUAACCGAUGACGUAAUGAAGAAAUAUCAUUCAUACUUCAUUGAGAAAUGGGGAAUCACCGCUGAUCCAACCCCAGUAUAAUAAUGUUGGUGACAAGCAUGAAUCAGCGGAAGACCAUUUGAAAUUAGACUUCAAACAUAACUAAUAACAUUAUUACGUUGUUUGUAUAGUUUUUAAUUACUUACCACAAUCAUUACUUUUAUCAGAUUAGUUUAACUAUACAUGCACUGUUGUGUGCAGUAGUGUUCAUACUGUAUGCGUUUAUACCCUACUGCGCAUGCGUUCAAGCCCGACUGCGCAUGCGUUCAAGCCCGACUGCGCAUGCGUUCAAACCCGACUGCGCAUGCG